AUGGACUUUUGGUCUCGUCUCAUCGGCGGUUCACGCUCACUGCCAAAGACCUCCCGGGCCUCCUCGCCCACCGAGCGCCUAACGACCUUUAAGCGCGCCUGUAAUUCUCUUCAGCAAAUUUGGCGCUCCACCAAUGCUCCUUCAGGCGAACAGUCCAUCGUCCACGCGCGCACAUACCUUGAACGACUCAACUCGAUCUUGAGCGAUGAAUCCCGAGGACCAGCACCACACCCCUGCGUAGCAUACGCGGCUUCUUCCCAAAUUUUUGUCACCGUAACCAAAUUGGCCCUAUCAUACUACGAUGAUGGGAUCCUUCGAGCUGCCACGGCCUUCUUCAACACCCUCAUUGACGCCGAGGUGGACGGAGUCGUAGAUAACCGGCUUUUCGCCCGUGCAUUGGUGGACCUGGUCCGUCGGGCUGACAAGUCAUCAGAUGAGACCGAAAGCAGAUUGGUAGAGCUGCUGUUUGGUAUCGCUAAUAAUAUUCGGCUGCAGCCUGUCAUCUUGCCCGCAUGGUUUGUUCCGCGGGUGACCCCAUUGGGCGAGGAUGGAUCAGAGUCGGCAACCCCAAGCGGCACCGAGUUUGCAGGUGCAACUCGCAAGGAUGAAUUCCCAUUGUUCUAUCUCCUUGUCGAUUAUGUUCACAAUGACGGCCGAGCGGGUGACUUUGCACGCACCGGCCUCCUAUAUCUUAUCGAGACGGCGUCACGCUCCAAGAUCCUUGAGAAGUGGCUUAUCGAGAGUGACUUGGCUACUUUGAUGGCUACUGGUCUUGGUGCUCUUUAUAGUCAGCUGGGCAGCCUGUUCUUUGCGUCUACGAACGAAAAUGUGCCGCGAAUCAUUGCACUUUCGGAUCAUGCCGAAGAGGAGACGGCCCUUAUACCCGACUUGGGCGAAGCUAUGGAUGCUUUCAUGUCAUACCUACUGUUCUGGCAGGAUACCAUCAACCAUUGCAAAUCUGCCGAGGUUAAUGACACUCUUCUGGAUCACUUCCAAGUACUCUUUCUUGAACAACUCCUAUAUCCUUCCUUGUUGGAAUCGUCUGAUGUUGCGGGAGGCUCCACUGCAGCAGUAUUGACCUAUCUCUAUCGAAUCUUAGACUCAAUCCAGCAAGGCGAGUUGGUACAUCGGAUCCUACUCUUCUUGCUGGCUUCCUCUCCACACCCUGAGGAGCAAAUGGAUAUGUCACCAUCACCUUCCCUGUUCAAUCUGCGUGACUUGGCGUUGCUCGGAAUUCAGUCAACAAACCGCCAGACGGUGCUGGCCACAAUACGGCUAUUGAACAUUGUUUUACAACGACACCAUAAUUUUUCGCGUGCGCUGAUCCAUACAGUGCGCGGUCAACCGACACAGCAGCGGUCCGUUGGUGCGUUCAAUGCCGAGCUUGAGCAACUUCUGGGCCUUGCUACGACUAUUAUCAAUGAGCCCACUCUGAACGAGUCUUAUGACAACUACGUGGCAGACGCGACAUUCAUACUUGAAUCCCGUCUCAGUCUUCCAGUUUCGGAAGAUGAAGGCGAUGAUGCCAUUCCCCUUCCACAACAAAUUCAGCAGGACGAUCCGAUCGUCGAGGGGCUUCUUAGCUGCGUUGACACAUUCUUCACCAACAGUGUCAUAGUGAACCUUGCCCUCACCGGUAUGCUGAUGAGCCUAGCUUCGUCUCAUCUCUUCUCGCUGGACGGAUGGGUAUUGGUUGAUCCUAACCUCUACAAUACUUCUCCUGCUCCAGAAGAACCGCCAAAUGAGCUGGACAGAAUCCGCAAUGCUUACAAGGCACCGACAUGGCCGAGCAAUGCAGCACCGACUCUAACCUCGGCGCUACAGCGGCUUGUUGACCAGGUGCGUCAGUGGCAGGACGACAUCCCCGAUUUUAAUGUCCUAGUCGCUGCGCGACGAGACGUGCUGCAUCAAACGGACGUUUCUCAAAGCCCGCCACGGUCCCGAGAUUCAUCUCAGCCACCUACACCAAAGGACCAGUCAUACCCCGGAUCUUCCGAGCCAACGUCUCCGGUCUCCCGGGGCCGAUCUCCUCAUUCCGCCAACUAUUCAGGUUUGACAAGCGAAUCAUUCCGCCCAAACAUAUCGCGUGGCUCAUCUGAAUCCCGUGCCGCAGCAGCCGAGGCUCUACGGCAGCGACUGGCCACGCCCUUCCCCCCGGUCGCACUGCCAUCCACGGAUGUAACGGACAAUGAUGAUGCCGACGCAGUUGAUAGCGAGACCGAAGUGCCCUCAGUCGUAACCCUUGGCCACGUCCUGACAAACGUGGUGAUCCUCUACGAGUUUUUAUUAGAGCUCGCAGCCGUGGUGCAAACACGAGGAAGUCUCUUUGAAGAAGCGGGAUACACUUGA